AUGGCAUCUUCACUUAAUCGCGUUCUACAAGGCCGCAAACUGUCGUACAAAUUGAUUGAGGUGCUUAAAUCACCCUCUAUUUUCAAGGCUACUAUUGUACCGAAGUCCCAGCAAAUGCCUUCGGUCAACAAGCAUGUAGUGAUCAAGGAUGUUGCCCUCGAGCGAGAGCUUCGCGCACACCAGCUUCCCGCAAUCAAAGCUUCUCCCUACAUCCGCCAGGCUUUGGAUGUAAUCGAGAAACGUGAAGACGAAGAUUGGAGCCCGUCGCCGCCCUCUAUCACAAAUCGCAUAGUUCUGGAAUGGAUGGAUACAGAUUUAUGGCUCCCUCGACCUUUGGACAAAGGCUUCUCCAAUCCAAAAUUGCCUCAGAUUGUUGCUCGGUCUAUUUUAGAAGCAUUGGUAGUCUUCCAAGAGAUGAAGGGGGUUCACACAGGCGUCGCCAAGAACAGUCAAAAUGCUCAGACUCAUGAAACUCGCGCUCCGGAAGUAUGGCAAGGUCUUGGUGUCUGGCAUACAUCUGAUAUCUGGUCUCUUGGUGUCACACUAUCUCAUUGGCUCAUGUCGCGUGGUCUAUUUGGCCCCUGUGAUAAGAUUAUCCAAGAUCAUAAUACAGCGUGGUGCCUUGCAAAGAUAUUCAGACUCAUUGGACCUAUUGAUCUGCCGGAAAAUCCAGAAUACCAAGAUGAGUUUGAACUGGCCGCGGCGUUGGAAGCAAGUGGGUAUAUGGACCCCAAUACCGGCGAGCCGAAACCCUACAUAAACGUUGGUUCUCUACGGGAAGAGCUACAGAAACUGCCUCGGGAUAUCUGCUCUGAAUCCUGUAUCGACUUUAUCGAGCACUUGCUUGUUAUUGAUCCUGCUAAGCGCCCUACGGCCAAGGUUGCUUUACAGCACCCGUUUCUUCAAUCGACCGCCAGUUGAUUCGUUGACGUGCCGCAUAGGUGACAGAUUGGUCAAGUUGACCCUUCCUUGGUUGACACUGGCCACGGCCACAUGGCCCAGCUCGGCCAACAACUGGCUACCGACCGAAGCCACAGCCGACCACGCAGUUGCCAGUCCGGCUGGACCAUGGUAAAGAGUUUUUGAUCUAUCAUGGGGCGAAUUUGGUUUCGAUUCGGCUCCGGCCGCCACUUCCAUGGCGCGUUGUAAUGGCC